GCUCCGAACAAAAAGGGUUUCAUUUCGACCUUCUCUCUUGUGUUUUCCAGGAGGAGCGAGUUCCUGGGAUGCAUGUCCUUCGCCGUCAAGCAUGCCGUCAAGAAGGAGGUGAGCGGCACGUUCCGCCUGCUGCCGCAGAGCGCGGGCCGCAACCAGAACGUGCCCGUCGACGGUGUGCAGCAGCAGCAGCACCACCAGGCGCUCCCGCAACCGGCGUCAGAUGAGGAACAGCACUCGGACGGGGACCGGGCGGACCGCCGGAGGGUCAUGUACUCGAGCAGGACGAUGGAGUCCGUGGCCGCGGCCGCGCCCACCACCACCGCCACAGUGGACCGCAGCGAGGACAGCACCUUCCUCCGCCACCUGGAGCUGGAGGGUGCCGACGGCCCCGCGCUGCCGGUGCACCCGGCGGCCACCCCGCGCCCGCCCGGCCGCACGCCCUUCACGUCGACGCGCCGGCUGCAGCGCGCGCCCGCGGGGGGCUUCGGCUUCUCCGUGGCGUGGACGCAGCCGCCCCGCGUCGAACGCGUGGAGCCCGGGCUGCCCGCCGAGCAGGCCGGCAUCCGCCCCGGGGACUACAUCAUCUUUGUCGACAAGCACAACGUCGUCACCGUCCCCGAGGAGGAUGUGCUGCAGCUCAUUAGAUCGUGCGGCAACCAGCUGACCCUCGAGGUGUACCGCCGCCUCAGCCCCAACGGCAUGGUCCCCCAGUCCAAGUCCACGCCAGCGGUAGGCUCCGUGGGCAAGACCAAGCCCGGGGUGCCCUCCUCGGCCUCCACCUCUUCUGCGCUGCUCUCCAAGGUGGCCACCGCCGUGGCCGCCCCCACCCCCAUCGGCCUCAGUGGCCCCAGCGCCGCCCCCGGCACGCCAGCCAGCCUCCGCCAGCAGCCGCCGCCGCCCCCAGAACCUCGACCGUCCACCGCCUGCUCCUCCGCCACCGUUGGCACGGCCGCCUCCGACAAGCGGAGACUGCACCUCCCGCAGGUCACCUUCAGCAGUGAGGUGGGUUCGGGCGUGCUCGUCUAGCGAGCCGGUAGAAGCCGUACGCGUAGGCCAUCGGCAGAUGGUGCCCCAGUCAAUUAGCUUGCUUUUACCUGCUAAGCCAGGUUCGCCGAACCAUCUAGUGGUUCGACGGUGCUAUUAAUUUAU